AUGACUUUGGAACUUGAUGAUCAUACCUCUGACGGCUAUGGGCUCACAUCCGGGAGCUCUGGUCUGUACGAGCCAUCGAUCCAUUCAUCGGCGUCGUCGUCACAACCAUCUGUGUUUUCAGAUACCCUGUCAGCACAAAGCUCUAUAGCUUCCUCCAUCUCGGAUGACUUUCGCAGUACCCAGGAGGAUGCGCGCGAGCGUGACAGAAUCUGCGCACAGGCGCAGCUGCAUUUCCAGGCGCAGAAUCAUUCUCUGGUAGAGGAUCACUCUGCAGUUGGAAAGCUGUUGAAAGCGAAUGGACAAUGUCCAUCUUAUGCGGACGUCACUUCCGUACCCGCUCCCCAGAGACAGCAUCCACGACGAUGCUCACUGUCGAGGAACCAGAAACCUCCACCUCUCGUUCGGCAACGCGAUCGGAAGAUCAACUUCGUCGACAACCUCGUUGACUCCGCAACGCAAAUGGUGGAGGUCAUUUGGCCCUUGUCAGUUGUUCCUUGCAGGAGCGAAGGCAACGGACGCGGUGUGCUGCCGCUCCGUACCUACAUUGAAGAGACUCUACGCAGGUCUCGCACGAGCUACUCCACCCUGCAGGUUGCUCUCUACUACUUGAUCCUCAUCAGGCCUCAUGUGCCAAAGAGCGACUUUACCAUGGAGCAGACUCUGGAUUGCCCAGCUGAUCGCGCUCUCAUGUGCGGUCGUCGCAUGUUCCUUGCGGCUUUGAUUCUGGCUUCCAAGUACUUGCAAGAUCGAAACUAUUCCGCGAAAGCCUGGAGUAAGAUGUCAGGCCUCAAGGUUUGCGAGAUCAACAUGAACGAGAGGACCUUCCUGAGCAAGAUCAACUGGCGGCUUCACAUUGCCAAAGAAAAGUUCGAGAAGUGGCAAGAAGUUGUGCUGCGAUACUCACCAAACCCACCAUCAUCACCAAGCGUCGGCAUCGCAUCGACUACUUCGACCUGGAAGAGGAUGGUGCCGGUGUUGUCGCCUGAGUUGGACAAUGUUCCUCUUGGCGAGUCAAGCCUGCAAAGCAUGGUUCAAGCACCCGAGUCAUGCGGCUUCCCGUCUCCGACGACACCCACACCUAUGAGCUAUAUGCUCAAACCGGUGCAGCUCGAUUCGACAUCCCAAGAAGGAACACCAACCCCUACGACCGCCUUGCCACGAUUCUUGGAACCAAAGCCAGACAUCCAACCUCCGACGCCGGCUCUGGCUCGCAUGGGUCCACUGCCGACGCCAAACUUGACGCCUUCGUCAGUGGCCUCGAACACUCCUGCAGUGAGUGUCUAUGGCUCGCGUCGCCCAUCCAUUUGCUCUGCAAUGGCGCUGGCACAGCGAAGCAGCCUCAACAGAUGCAUGCUUGAUCAGCCCAAUUUCGAGCCUCGACCUCAGAUCUCUCGACGGCCAUCAAUGAUGAGCGUAUCGUCCGGCUCUAGCCCAGAGUCUCUCAUGUCGGACAACUCGCGUUCUUCGCGAGCAUCAUCCAUCUCCUCCAUCUCCACAGUAUCGACCAAUUCGUCGGUGGCGCCACCCCGAGCUUGCUUGGCUCGACAGGCGACCUGCCGAAGCGGUCGAAACGCCGGAUUGCCACCUCUUAAGCUGGUCAAGGAGGAGAAGGAUGGUUCAGCGAUGAAGCCAAUCAUUAUUGACGACGAUGUCGAGAUGGUAUCGAGCCCAGUCAUGGCAGACUUCACGGUCAGCGACAAAGUGCUGCACGCACCUCAUCGCCACAGCCGUGGGCCCAAACAUGCACCUCAACCAACCUCCCAUGCUUCCACGGAGAAGAGCAGGAAGCGCGGCCGAUCCAACGGCAACCGACGCUCAGAGCUUCAAGAAGAAGUUCGCUACCUGCUGGGAGAAACACUUGACGAGAUGGACCUGGAUGAUGAUGAAAUCGUCUCCUCGCCAUCCGACGCGGCAGAGUAUGCCUCGCGCAUGCUCGCUCGCGACAACUCUAUGACAUAUGAUAAGAGGCCUCAGCCUCCAGCGAUGCACUCUCGCAACGAAUCGAGAAGGCUGCCGGUGCAGAAGAACGAGGGCAGGAAGCGCACUUGCUGCUCGUCAGUCGGCGCCAUGUCCGUGUCGCCGGUGCCGCUCUACGGCGAGGUGCAGUAG